AUGACUUCAGAUAAGCGCUUGACUGUUCCUCUAUUCUACAAUGAAUUUUUACUUCUCCUGGAAGACAUUGCUUUACAUCCCGGUUUUGUCAUGCUGUGCGGAGACUUUAACUUUCAUGUGGACGAUGCUUUCAAUCAAAAUGCUGUGGUAUUUAAUGAUAUCAUUUCCUCGGCUAGCUUCAGUCAAUUGGUGGCAGGUCCUACGCACGAGGCCGGACACACUUUGGAUCUUAUCUUGACACGAGCUUUGGUUAACUUCGUCAAUGAAGUUAAGACAUCAAAUCCUUUGCCAUCAGACCAUGCCGUUGUUGAAUGUUGGUUGAACUUGAGUAAACCAGAGCAACACAAGGUGAAGGUCAAAUUUCGGAAAUUUCGAGACAUGGACAUUGAUGCCUUUCGAUAUGAUAUUCGUUCGUCAACACUCUGCGUCACUCCAUCUUCUGAUCUCAAUGUUCUCAUCGAUCAGUAUGAAAAUGUUCUAGCAGAUCUUAUGGAUGUCCAUGCACCUGAGACGAUACCAGGAGUUUCACCGUGGUAUAAUAAUUCCCUCCGUAAAGCCAAACAGGAUCUGCGUAGAUGGGAACGCUUGUGGAAUUCAUCUAAACUUGAGGUAUAUCGACAAAUCUUCAGAAAGCAACGUAUUCUUUAUAAGAACAUGCUUGAACAGGCAAAGAAAGAAUAUUACAGACUUUCUUUUGAAGGCUGUAGUGCACGUCAACUGUUCCAGAAAGUUUGUAGAUUAUCCUCACCAUCUUCAAGCAAAACCCUUCCUUCAAACGAGGGUAUGAACAGGCGCCAACUUGCAGAACAUUUCUCACAGUUCUUCUCUGACAAAAUUGACAACAUCAAGUGUGAGUUGGAUACGAUCCGGGACACGUCUUCUUUUGCGUCAGCACCUGUAAGUUCACCUAAACCAGCCACUGAUGUGCCACCAGGAGAGCAUCAUUGUAUGUUACAGUUUGACUGUGUUACUGUUGAAGCAGUGAAGAAAUUGAUUAUAGAUUCCCCAUCUACCUCCUGUGAGCUGGAUCCUCUACCGACAUGGCUUGUCAAGAAAUGUGUGGAUGAAUUGUCUCCUGUGAUUGCUCGAAUCAUCAACCUGUCAUUGAGAAAUGGUCACUUUCCAGAUUCGCUUGAAGGGGCAAAUGUCAAUCCUCUUUUGAAAAAAACCUGGACUAGAUCCUGA